AGUCCCCGCAGCCUAGCGCGGGAGGCGGCGGGCGAUGGAGAGCAGAGCCUGGGCUCCGGCUGUCCCCCAGUGCACUCUGCUGCUAUCCCGCAGCUGAGCCGGGAGGCUCCGGCCCCGUGCGCCCUACCGUGGCCCCGCCACUAUGGCUAGCAUGUGGGCGCCGGAGCACUCUGCUGAAGCGCACAGCAACCUGUCAAGUACUACCGACGACUGCGGCUCCGUGUCCGUGGCCUUUCCCAUCACCAUGAUGGUCACUGGCUUCGUGGGCAACGCGCUGGCCAUGCUGCUCGUGUCGCGCAGCUACCGGCGCCGCGAGAGCAAGCGCAAGAAGUCUUUCCUGCUGUGCAUUGGCUGGCUGGCGCUCACCGACUUAGUGGGGCAGCUCCUGACCAGCCCGGUGGUCAUCCUCGUGUACCUGUCACAGCGACGCUGGGAGCAGCUCGACCCAUCGGGGCGUCUGUGCACCUUCUUCGGGCUAACCAUGACAGUGUUCGGGCUAUCCUCGCUCCUGGUGGCCAGCGCCAUGGCCGUGGAGCGCGCCCUGGCCAUCCGUGCGCCGCACUGGUAUGCCAGCCACAUGAAGACUCGCGCCACGCGCGCGGUACUGCUGGGCGUGUGGCUGUCUGUGCUCGCCUUCGCGCUGCUGCCGGUGCUGGGCGUGGGCCGCUACAGCGUGCAGUGGCCGGGCACGUGGUGCUUCAUCAGCACCGGGCCGGCGGGCAACGAGACAGACCCUGCGCGCGAGCCGGGCAGCGUGGCCUUUGCCUCCGCCUUCGCCUGCUUGGGCUUGCUGGCUCUGGUGGUGACCUUUGCCUGCAACCUGGCGACCAUCAAAGCCCUGGUGUCCCGCUGUCGGGCCAAAGCCGCCGUCUCGCAGUCCAGCGCCCAGUGGGGCAGAAUCACCACGGAGACGGCCAUCCAGCUCAUGGGGAUCAUGUGUGUGCUGUCCGUCUGUUGGUCGCCGCUAUUGAUAAUGAUGUUGAAAAUGAUCUUCAAUCAGAUGUCGGUUGAGCAAUGCAAGACACAGAUGGGAAAGGAGAAGGAGUGCAAUUCCUUUCUAAUUGCAGUUCGCCUGGCUUCGCUGAACCAGAUCUUGGAUCCCUGGGUUUAUCUGCUGCUAAGAAAGAUCCUUCUUCGGAAGUUCUGCCAGAUCAGAGACCACACCAACUAUGCUUCCAGCUCCACCUCCUUGCCCUGCCCAGGCUCCUCAGCCCUGAUGUGGAGUGACCAGCUGGAAAGAUGAUGAACAACCUGAAGUGGACUUUCAUUGCAGUACCUGUUUCCCUGGGUCUGAGAAUUUCUUCUCCCAGGGAAGGAUGACUGAGUAUUUUGGAUUGUAUCUUCUUUUGGCCUCAAUUUUAAGUUUUCCUUGCCAUUAAACACACCGAGACAAGCUUUCUUAGGAUAAUCUGAGAGUCUGGUUGUUAGCUGGUUCCUGUGAAGGACUGAAGACUCUGCACUUGAGACGGGGGCAAGACGACACAGAGCAGCAUGGAGAGACUCAGUGCAGAAAUAUCUCCAGCCUCAGAACCUUUGUGGACAUGGACACCUUCAUGUAUUGAUAGUCUGACUCUUCUAAAUAGGUCUGAAAAAGCAGCAUAAGUUUUUAAACAGUGAAGCAUCAAUGUGUUGAGAGCAAAUGUUCAUCUAAUAAGCCAUGAGCCAAACAAGACAAAAAAGUCUACAUGAGAGGGCAAGAGAGAUUGUGCAAAGGGUAUUUGUGCCAAGAAGGUAUACAGUACCACAGAGUUGUGUCCUCAGUGAGAGUGGGAAAUAAGUUUCUAAUUUAAUUCUAAUUACUGGCUCCUCAGUAAUUCAGGAAUCGUGCCAUCAUUUCCCUGCUUUUAAAGGGAGAAGUUUAGCUAAAGACACAUUCCAGGUGUCACUAACAGUUCCAAAGCUAGGUGACUAAAUGUUCAGCUAGAGCUGUUAAAAGGAAAACCAGCUAAUUAUCAUUCCAGUCCAAUGCUAUUUUUGAAUUACUAUCUACUUAAGAUUUCUCAUAAUUUGUGCUCAGGCAGCACAAUAAAAAGGGGGGGGCAAAAUUACUAAGUGACAGUUAUUCUGCAUCUAAGUCUGUGACUUUUUUAUGAAAUAAAAUGAUUUUGUCUGUGUUGAAA